CGGAACCUCCGCGUGGCCCCUCAGGAUUCCAUACCAUUUCAUUCCUUGCCCUCCCACCCCUAUUUCCCCAUGCUUACUUCAACCGUUCGAGCUCCAACGGAGCGAUCACUCUUAUGCUCAAAUAAUGCUGCCAUCCAGAAGGCCGUUUUUGGCGGAUGAGGAGCUUGGGAAGAAGGAUGACGACCACCGGGUGCGGCCAAGCCACACUCAGCAAUGGCGUCCAAAGCAAUGGAAGCCGCCUCGGCCACGCCGAUUGUUGCUAGGCCUUGUGGCUUUAUAUCUCUUAUAUCUAUUCUUCAAGAAUAUGCCAACCGACCUACCCCCUGCUCCGGAGCGGUUUAACCCGGCAUUUGCUCAGGCGCGGCAAGCCGCAUUGCAAUUACAGCAGCAGCAGCAGCUCCCAUCGCUUGCCGAUACUCAGCAGGGCCCUCCCGAUCGAGUCAAGAGCAAUACAGAACUUAAUAAUGAUCAUUAUUAUGAUGGGAAGAUUAACUUUUACUCUUUGGCCAAGUCACUGCACCGAUUCCAAGGUCAAUCCUCGCGCUAUGGAAAGCCUACAAAUCACGUCGUUAUCUUCGCUGCGGCAAGCUUGAAAAGCGUGUCAGAUCUUCUUCCUCUCGCUUGCCAAAUGGCUACCCGGAAAGUUAAUGAGGUACAUUUCGUGCUCAUGGGAAGGGAGGAUGUGUCAAUUGAAGGGAUCCAACGAGUAAAUGGUCUAGAUGACGCGAGUUGUCCGGUCAACUGGCAUGAUGCUCGGCCGGACUAUGCGCAGUGGUCAACGGAUGCUCGUAUGGAGAGAGCGGUGGUGGCGGGUCUCGGCUAUGUUCGCGCCUUCCUUCAUCCUCGAGUAGUCCUCACGCAAGGCGAGUCGUGGGAGGAUCCCUUUCUCUGGCGAGGAGUUCGAGGUGGAGCACAUGAAAUGGGCAUUUCUCAUGUUGCUCUCCCUAGCGCUGCGAGAGAUAUCAUGUGGAUGUCUACGCUGGACAGUAGCGCCCUCCAAGCCUGGAAUAACGUUCAAGUUGAAAUCCUUAUCCACGCUCCAUCUGAAUCCUCCGGAUCUCUGAUAAGAUUGAUCCGGACAUUGCUAAACGCAGACUAUCUUGGACGGACACCUAGUCUGACUAUCGAAUUACCCCCUCAUGUAGACCCAGAGCUUCUUCGCUUUCUACAGUCGAUGGAGUGGCCUUCUCACGCUUCUGGGAAGGUCACUCUCCGCCGACGGAUCCAGCCACACGGUAUGGAUUCUACCGAGUCCUCUCUGAAGACCGUCGAGGCCUUCUAUCCUAGGGACCCAACUCUGUCCCAUGUGCUUGUGCUUUCCCCGCAGACUGAGCUAGCACCGUCGUUCUAUCAUUAUCUUACGUAUACAAUGCUCAGAUUCAAACAUUCAGCUCGUGCAAAACAGCUAUCUACGAAACUUAUCGGAAUCUCACUUGAGCUACCAUCUACUCUUCUGACAGACAACGAACCACUGACUCCACCAGAGCUUGACAAUGACCAAAUGUCCAACUUGGGUGACGGCGAGUCAUUGCCCCUAUUCCUCUGGCAAGCUCCCAACAGUAACGCAGCGUUAUAUUUUGGCGAUAAAUGGGCCGAGUUUCAUGAGUUCCUAUCGAACCGCUUCACUAUCCUGGGGGGUGCAGACCAGGCUCCUCUUCAGGAAAAGCUCAUCUCGAAGAAAUAUCCAGCUGUCGUGGAAUUUCUGUUGGAGUUUAUCAGGGGCACGGGAUACUACAUGAUUUACCCAGCAUUUCCUGCCAAGGGAACUUUCACCCUUGCUACAGUGCACAAUGAAUUAUAUCAGAUCCCAGAAGAGUUCGCCGAGGAUGGCUCGCCAGACUUUCCUGAACCAUCACCAGAAGUGAUAGAUGAUCCAUCUAAGCCUCUGACGCCGGAUUCUGCUGAGGGGCUGGGGUUUGUUGAGAAGCCAUUGAGUCGCGCCUCAACAGUGAUGCCGCUUCUUGAACGAUUUUCCUUGAAUUUGCCUAGGAUUGAUUAUCUGCCGCUAUUGUCUUACGGUGGUGAAAAGCUCUCGGGCUCCAUGUACGCACGUGGCCUUGAAGAUUAUAGGAAUUGGUUCCGCGCUCGAUAUGGAGGAUGCUCUGGUGAGAGCUCCGGCAGCCAAACGGUCGUGGGAGGCUUGUUUUGUCUGGACAACUAAUUUUGGCUUUUACUGAAUAGUAUGGGUUUGGCUUGUCGGAGACUAUGUUUUAUACCCUAUCUAAGUUCUACGAAG